AGUCUUUUCGUUGUCAAGGCGACGUCGCUCUUCAGGUUUUGAGAUUGUUGCGAGGAUGGUGAAUGUCUUGAAAGGAAUACUUAUAGAAUGUGACCCAGCUAUGAAGCAGUUCCUGCUGUACUUGGAUGAGUCCAAUGCCCUGGGGAAGAAGUUUAUCAUACAAGACUUGGAUGAAACACAUGUCUUUGUAUUAGCUGAGAUGGUUAACUGCCUUCAGGAGAGAGUGGGAGAGUUAAUGGACCAGAACUCUUUUCCUAUUACACAGAAAUAGACAGUGGAACUGUGGUUGUCCAUGUCAAAUUGCUGUCUGAAGAUGUAGAACUG